AUGUCGACGGAACAGUUUCCUUCGAAUGGCCCUGCGCCUCUCCGCUCUGCCCUCAAGGUGGACGACGAAGGCGACGGAACGCCACCCAUCAGCGGCUCCUUGAAAGCUGUCCAGAUCGCCGAGCCCGUCGAGGAAUACUUUGUCGACGAACCCGACCAAGGCCAGUCCUCCAAGCUCUUUCGCGUCGGCCACAGCAAGCGCAUGAGCGGCAAGCCCGUCGCCUCGUCGCGAUCCUCCAUUAGUGAGCCCUCGCCCGGCCUGCGGUCCCACGACGACCCCUCCUGCUCCGCCACCUCCUCUCAACCACCUCGCGUCUCCUCUCGCCAGGACAACAACUGCCAGUACUACAGCGAGAAGCUGCUCGCACAGGUCAGCGACUGGCUUGAACAUGAACGUCACAAGGCCGCCAGCCGCAAGAAGCACUCUCACCUGCACCACCACCAACCACGCCGCUCCUCCAACUCGCCGCCCGACAGCAGCCGCAAGAGCCGCGGUCCCGAUGCUGACCACGUCAAGCCUGCCGUAGCCGCACCCCAGACCCAACGGGAGCGCUCUGAUUCAGUAGACUCUCAGGGCAGCGAUGUCUCCCUCGACCGCCUCCAGCGCAUCAUUGAAGACUCCAUGUCGUCCAUGGGCCUGACGACCGUCCCGCACUUUAGCCCCCGCCCGCCCAGGCACAAGCUCAAACGUCGCGGCUCCUUGCGGCCUGCCUCCUCAGACACGGAAUACGCCGAGAGCGAUGUUGUCGUCCCCAGCUGUGACGCCUGGCUCGACAACUCUAAAACCCUAAUCUAUUCUGGCACAGCCCUGAGCAACGAAGAGCCCGAGGCCUCGGCUGUCCGCGUCGCCAAGGAAAAGAAAGUCUGGCUGGUCUUUAAGAAUGAAAUAAUUCGCAUCGCGCACACCCUGCGACUGAAGGGGUGGCGUCGCGUGCCUCUGGGUGACGGCCACAGGAUCUGGGUCGAGCGUCUCAGCGGCGCCCUCACCAACGCCGUCUACGUCGUCACGCCGCCCACCGACAUUCCCGAGAUUGAGGGCAAGAAAAUGCCCCCCAAGCUCCUUCUCCGCAUCUACGGCCCCCAGGUCGAGCACCUGAUUGACCGUGACAACGAGCUCAAGGUGCUCCAGCGCCUGGCCCGCAAGAAGAUUGGCCCCCGCCUGCUCGGCACUUUCAAGAAUGGCCGCUUCGAGCAGUACUUUAACGCUAUUACGCUGCGGCCGAGCGAUCUGCGCGAGCCCGAUACCUCGCGCCAGAUUGCCAAGCGAAUGCGCGAGCUACACGACGGCAUCGAGCUGCUUCCGUCGGAGCGAGAUGGCGGCCCCGGCAUCUGGAAGAACUGGGACCAAUGGCUCGAUAAUGUCGCCCGCAUCGUGCAGUUUCUCGACAAGGACCUACACAACGUCCCAGAGGGCUCCCGCGCCAACUCUGUGGUACAUGCCUGGAAAGCCAAUGGCUACGUCUGCGGCGCACCUUGGCCCCAAUUCCUGGAUGCCGUCGUCAAGUUCAGAGCCUACCUCGACAGCUUCUACAAGAGCGCAAAAGCAAUCCGUGAGAGCCUAGUAUUUGCUCAUUCCGAUACGCAAUACGGCAACAUUUUGCGCAUCCGUCCCGACGACGAAAAGUCGCCGCUCCUCCAGGCCGCCAACAAGCACAAGCAACUCAUCGUCAUUGACUUUGAGUACGCCGCUGCCAACACGCCCGGCCUGGAGUUUGCCAACCACUUCACCGAGUGGGCCUACAACUAUCACGACCCCGUCACCUCGUACGCCUGCAACGUCGAGCGCUACCCAACCCCCGAGGAGCAGCACCGCUUCAUUAAAGCCUAUGUCGACCACCGCCCGCAGUUUCCCGCCCUUGGCACCCCCCGCAUGCUUCCUCAGGACCACGCCGCCAAUACGGCCGCCAAUACGGCAGCGAACGCUGGUGCCGGCGCAGGGUCUGCAUCGGCCACCGCCAGCACCCCGCCCGCUCUGCUGCCCACCGCCUCGAGCAGCUCUAUUGUCGAGUUUAUGCUUGACGCGCGCGCCCCCGCCGGCGGCUGGACUGCAGCCGAGCGCGCCCGCGAGGAGCAGAGCGACGCGCACGUCCGCGAGCUCAUGGAAUCGACGCGCCUCUGGCGCACCGCCAACAGUGCCAUGUGGGUAGCUUGGGGCGUCGUCCAGGCCAAAAUUCCGGGCCUGGAUGAGGGCAACAAUCCCGUCACCCAGGACGUCGCCGACGCGGCCGAGGCGGAGAUGGGUGUCGACGAGUUUGACUACCUGAGCUACACACAGAGUCGGGCGUUCUUCUUCUGGGGCGACUGCGUCAAGCACGGCAUCGUGAGCUUGGAGGAGCUGCCAGAGACGUUGAGGAAGAAUGUCAAGAUGAUUGACUAUUGA